AGCUAAAAGAAAAAAUGCGCUGCGAAGCGAGUAGAAAAAUCCACGUCGAGUUCGGAGAGGUAGAGAUCGGCGCCACGGCUGUCAAAUGGCUAGAGAUAAUCAACGAGAGUUGCAUCGAACAGCUCUACGAGGCCCGAAGAGACGCGACGACCAAUCCGCUGGACCACGUGUUCGAAUUAUGCGGCUACUCGUGGUCCCUGCUUCCCGGCCAGGCGUACAAGUGCAAAGUGUACUAUCGGCCGUUCGUGCCGUUCGCCGUAAACGUAGAUUACUUUACGAUCGUCGACUCGGCUGGUGAACGCGCGGAGAUCCAAGUCCGCGGAACGUGCAUCGGACCCCUGGUCUCUUCGUCUGCCACGAGAUUAGUCAUGGUGUGCACGAGCGAGAAUCGCGAGGCGAGGAAGCGGAUCAGGCUCGUCAACGACUCGAAAGCCACGGCGACCUUCAUGUUCGACGUCGACCCGCUUCGGAGACCGUUCGAGGCGAAUCCAUGGCGCGGGCACAUCGGGCCCCGUUCUCGCAAAUACGUAACGAUCAUCUUCGCGCCGCGAGAAAACGGGAUCUACGCAUACCACUUUCCCUGCUUAAUCCUGAAUCAUAAACCAAUUAUCAUAGAGUUGUAUGGCUAUUGUUGCACGACGUUACGUAAAACGAACGCACAGGGUCAUUUUAAUUAUCCUACGAGAUUGAAAAAUGGCUUCGGAGGAUACACGAGCGAUACUGUCGUCGCUGCUCAAAAUCUACCUGCGGUCUCUUCGUCGAAGAAUUGCAUUGACCUCGGUCAGGCCGAUGCGGAGACGGAAAACGCUGCGCGAAGAAUUCCGGAAACCCUGUGUCUCACUAAUCACAGCCAGUCCGAUGUAUCAAUCAAAUGGGACCAAGACAUUGAAGGAAUUUUUUCUAUAACACCUACCGGCACGAGGAUACUAGCGAACCAGACGGUUCUGUUCGAAGUCGCGUUCAAUCCCAACCGAGGCAGCUGUUUUUUCGCGAGAGACCUCGUAGGAGAUGUUUUUGCCGAGCAACAAGACCGCUCCAGGGAAGAAACCCUGGCAUUUCCUGCGAUCAUGUCCGUACGGUUAAUCGGUCACUCCUUUCCCAUUUCUUCUGACGGUUGGAUUCCUCAGUACGAGAUACCACAUGUAAUUAAGAUGCCUCCUUGCUUACCCUCGUCGCCGACGUACGCCACAUUCCUAAUACGGAAAUAUGGACAUCUACCAUUGAUGUAUCGCUUCGUACCGCCGGCAUCGAGUCACUUCGUCGUGAAGCCAAUGAUGGGCAUAAUUCAUCAAGAUUAUCAGAUCAUUGUAGUCGGUAUGUUACCCGGAACUGAUGACGAACGCGUUUAUAUGGAACGUUGGGCGAUACGUUUCAAUGGAAACACAAAGUCGGAAUGUUUCAUAGAUUUUCAGGGAUACACGGAAUACGCGAAUGUCAGCUUUAGCGAUCGAAAUACCGUGUGCUUCGCACCGACCUUUCCAGGCUGUCAAAGCCAGCAACAGUUCUACAUGCGAAAUAUUACUCGACACACGAUACAAUAUGAAUUUAUUAAUGUAACGCCGGAACUUCAAAUGCGAGAUGGAAAUGGCAAAAUUUCGUCGAACGAUACCAUUAUUCACGACUGGUUAUUCUGUCCUACGAUACUCGGAAAUUAUGAGUUUGACGUAAAUUGUAUACUUGUUGUACUGAAAGAUGAAACUCCUAUUGGCCCUAGCGUCUGCGUAACAUUACAUGUGACAGGAAGAUGCGAGUCUGGUUUUCUUGUGUCAGCGCCAGAUGAAUUAAAUUUCGGAAUUCAGGCAUAUAAAGAUACGAAGGAAUUAAGUUUCCACGUAUUUAAUCCGAGCCCCAUAAACAUCUAUUUCAAAAUGAUGUGUAGUCAUUGCGAUUGGCCAAUCGGAAAUUUGAAGCGUGAUGUGAAAAUACAACCAAUCGCGGACACUGUUCUUGCAGGUCAAGAUAAAAUUAUUACUAUUUCUCUUACGCCCACCUCGCUGGGACUUUACGAAUUUUUCCUCCAAUAUUUUGUGAGAAUGAGUUGUGAUACGGACACAUUGAUUCCGAAUCAGAAAGCAAGGAAUAUCUGUAAAGUAUCCUGUUCAUGUAUAUUGUCUACCUUGAAGGUGACAGACCUUCAAUAUUAUGGGACUUAUCCGGAGCUGAGCAAAGUUUUCCUUUGGAAACUGAUGCAAAUGAACACGCUCAAUAUGAUACUCAAAGAUUUGCAACCGGGAACCUCGCAAACACUGUACAUAAACUUCCCGGCGAUGGUUUUACAAGAAAGUCCGGUUGUUGUAAAAUUGCUUCUAACAAACGCAGCUGCUGUAACUGCUUCAUGGAAUAUCAAGAAAGUGCAGCUCUGUUCAUGUCGGCCGGUUGCAAAAACUCAAGGUCUCAAAUUUCAACGUGCGAAGUACGACUGCUUGCAUAGGAAAGUGUGUUCUAUACAGCCAAAAACGGGAAAUCUGAAGCCAAGAGAAGAAACCUGGAUAACUCUAGAGCUGCGUUACAUAUUGUUAGGGAAAACCGAGGCAAAGUGGAAUUUGGAUCUUGGAGACAAUCGUCAUAUUUACUUUGUUAUGACAAUUGAAGGUUUAUCCGAGUCCGAUAAUAAGCUGGAUCUUUUAAACGGCAAACAUUUUAAAUUCCUGCCUGUUUAUCUUGGAGAGAAUAAUCCCAUCUAUCAGGUUUGUUUUACUUUCAAAGAUAAGAUCAAGUUUGUAACAUCGAGGAAAUCUUUCAGGUAUGGAAAGUUGCGUUUGACUCUGGGUGACAUAGAGGAGGAACUGACGCUCGAAGGCGAAUCCUCCUUGCCAUAUAAAGCAACAAUUAGAGAAUAUGUGCCAUGCGAAAGUAACUUCGAGGAUGACGACAAUAUUCCCGUAUACUUCAAUACUGACUGCAUAAAUGUCUCGCACAUGGCUACGCACAGCCACGUAGUUAAAAUGAUCAUGAUGCAUAAUAAUUUGGUACAAGAUGUGCUCGCCUACGAAUGGAAAAGGCGUGAGAUGUCUGAAAUAAUACACGUGGAUAUUUUUCCGCGGAAAGGUUUGAUAAAGCCAAUGUCCGUUAAAAGCUUUCAUGUAACUAUAUAUGCGAAAGAAUAUCCCUGCAUGAUUGACAUUGAUAUAACAUGCGAGUUUAUUAAUGCCAGCCAAAGACGGCUCUAUCAGCGAAGCGUGUAUAUUCAUGAAGGCUUGUCCCAAGAACUACAAGGGCAGUUUACUAUCACGGAGAAAGGCAUCAGCGUUCCGGAAGUACCGAUGAAAAUCUUGGAAAAACCUCAGCCGUUUUACAAAACUAUAACGAUUCGAUGUUCGGUUUAUAGCGUGGAAGAUAAGUCUCUGAAGGUCAGUCUAAUAAAAGAGCUAACAAAUGCACCGCCGAGAGAAAUAUGCCUCGAGGAAAAUGAGAAAAUAAUAACAUUCGGGAAAGAUGAUAUCAUCCGGUCUUCAUUUAUUAUAGAAGGUCUACUAUGGGAAAUAAUCAAUAGUAAAUUGUUCAAAGACCUGAUGCAAGAUAUUUUGGGGAAGGAGUCGAAUUUAUUUUACUCGCAAUUCAGAAUGAGUUUGCGCGAAAGAAAAAGAUUGAUACGGAGAUCGCACAUCUCACCGCCGCGAGCGUUAAUUAAUCGUAUGUUCGAAGAGAUGCUGUUUAUCAUAAUGCACGAAGAAUUCGCUUUAAAGACGGCACAUUUAAUUGAGCAUACAGAUAUCAGACACACGGACUACUUGAAUAUGGUACCCAGCGUGAGCAGGAAAAAUACAAUCAGGCGAGAAACGUCGUUACAUCGAGACGAAUAUUCCUCCGUGGUGUCAGAAUUAGUACCUUCGGCCAGAAUAUCCUUCGCUGUAUAAUUGUAAGUAGCCGGACGAUCAUAUGUGAUCGCCGCUGCUUCUACUCAUUACGACAUAGGGAUCCGGGAUUCUCUUGCAAGAUUGCAAGAGAUGUGGGUAUGCUGGUACAUAGAACGGAUAUCGCAUAUAAGUCUAGAGACGAGAUUGGUACUUGAGAUAUGACGAUUCGUUUGAUUCAAUAGAAUUGACAUAUGCAUGUAUCUUCUAGUCGUGUACGGACGGUACAAAGAAUCUCUAAAUUUUUGAAUGUAACAAUAUAUAAUAUAUUUGAUUAAUACGAGUGUACAAUUAAAAAAAAAAACAUAAAUCGAGAGAAGUAAUUUUACUUUAAUUGUAAGAAUGAAAUAAGAAAAUCUAACACAUUAUUACGUGUGCAAUCAAGCGACACGGUAGUGUCUCGCGUAGCGAGUAUACGUGUGUAGCGAGACGGACCGUGAAUCUUUCACGCGAGACGAUUUUUCUGAGAGUUGAUCGAUCUCAAUAACGGCUGAUCCGAGCGGCUUUUAACUACAUUCAAUGAAUAGCUUGGGUUCGAUUUAUAUGAUAAAAGUGUUUUUAUUUUUCGCCGAUGUGCCCUAUCAGCGGAGAUAUUGCGAUGCCAAGUUUAGGCUAGAGAGUACAAAUAUUUUAAGAUACUCCGUUUUCAUCAUCGUCCACCAAAUGUAGGCAAGAAGGGACUGCGGAAAGGGUGAGAAAAUGUGCACGGGACACUUCGUUGAUUGGACGGCCAGUAUUGCCCCGCCACUAGACUCGUGAUGCCCACUACUACACGCAUAGUGUAUCGGUGUGAGAUGACACACUAAUACCCGUUUCUACCAACGCAGUUUAACUUUAAUCUCGGUUCAACUUGCAUUGUAUCUUUCUCUAGUUUUAUGAAUUGGAAAAGGACAAGAAGUAAUUUAAGCUGAGAUUAAAGUUAAUCUGCAUUGGUAGAAACGGGCAUAAGAGAACGAGCACGUAUGUACAUACAUACACAAGAUUGACCCGUUUGAGAAAAAGACAAUAAUUACUCGAAAAUCUAGUAGCAGAUUGUAGAAAUACAUAUAUUUUCAUAUUUUCUGUACAUACAGUCCAUGUUUACAAUAUGUCAUAAGUAUUAUUUUUUAUAAAUGUGUGAAGAUAUAACUAAACGCAUAACUUUCACAGCAAUUAUAGUGCAAUGGUACUUUAAUUUUGCUUUUAUGUUCUUAGUAUUUUGUUUAAAAACAUUGUAAACUUAUGAAGCUCCAAAGUAAUAAGAUUGUGUUUAAGUACAAAUUGACUAAUAUUAAUCAUACUAUAGUUUUAUAGUGUAAUGGUAUUUUAAUUUUCUUUAUGUUUUUAAUAUUUUGUUUAAUAAAAUAUUAGAGACUUAUAGAAUUUUUAAGUGAUAAAGUUUUGUUUAAGUUAAGGU